CUAUGCCUUGUACACUGUUAAAAAGACACGAUUAUGCCCGCUGGUUCCUGGUAAGCGUGGUUAUAUAUUGGAUAUACACUAUUCAACUAAUGUCGUAACUGUAUUAUUUUAAAUGUUUGAGAUAGGUAUGUUUGCUACGGUGGUAUGCAAAGUUAAAAUUUUAAACAACAGUGCAUGGAUCUACAGGAACUAAGAAAGAAAGAUGUAAAAAUGGCGACCUCCGACAUUGAAAUGUCGGACAUCAACGUAGAGACACGAAAUGGCGAUCCACUGCAUGGAUCUGAACACAGUCCGGAGCUGUGGAACAUUUUCCGAAAGGACAGGCUACCGGAAGAGUCCAAGUGGUGUGUGGGGUUCACAGACUCCUUCUUCAGGGGUUUCAAAUUUCUAUUCUACAUCUUCCUGUUUCUGGUGCUUAUAGGGGGCGUUAUCGCAAGUAGAGGUGGUCUCCAGAUUUUAGCAUCUUUACUCGGUGACCAAGAAAGAAGAUUUAAAAAUAGGACUGUUACACAAGACUUCAUUUCGUAUCUUUUUUUCUUCAUAAUCGCAGUACCAGAUUUUUUCAAAUUCAUUCAGAGCGUUGCCCAAUUCGUGUUUGGAAAAAGAGAGAGUCCUAAAUGUGCACGGUUUUUAAUGGUAUUGCUAAGGGAAGCAUUUCAUCUCUUUGGCCUAGGAUGUUUGCUUUUCAAGGUCAUGCCUUACCUUGACCCACUUCAAACUUGUCUCGUGACCCUCUCAAUUCCUGUCUUCCCAUCAAUAAUAAACCUAGUGUCUUACUGUCAUCGCAAAGCAUGUCAACUUGGAAAAGGAUUUAAAAAAAUAUUAAACUUGUUCAGUUGCAUUUGCCUGAUUGCUACUUUUGUUAUAUUGAUAAUCUCAAUUACUUCGGAGAAAAAAGACUCGACCAUGGAAAAGGAACAUAAAAAUGUGGAACUUCUUGCAUGGGUAGCAACUUCUGUUAUUUUCCUGUCUACGAGAUGGAUUGAAACAUAUUCUUUUGUAUGUAGGAAAUUUAUAGAAUACAAAAAAGACAAACGGAUCAGUGACAAAGGAUAUGUGACAUCGCACAUGUGUUCUAGUUUUCUAAGGAUAACUUUAUUGAUUGUUUUCUUUCCAACUUUGUAUUGUCCUGAAAUUCGAGGAAUUAAUGAAACUUACAAUGCGUUCAUAAGUAUGUCUUCCACCAAUGCAUCAGGACUUUUAUCCCUAAAUUGCACUAAUAUAUCAAAACUGAUUUCAAAUGAUACCCAUAUACAUGUAAGCAGCACCGACCUUCAAAACAUCACCGAUUUGUGCAAGGACGAAGGAAUAUCCUAUCGGUUGGUCAUUAAUGCAUACGUGGUCCAUAUUAUCGCAGCAUUUCUGACCACUCACUUUGGUGUGUUAGCUUGCAGACUUCGAAUGCAAGUGGUUGGCUUUGCAUUGCCACUGACCCUCGCUUCGCCACUGUACCUGGUCCUAUUGAUUAUGUUCGAUGAAAUAGAAGUUGAUUUUGCUCGCAAUCUCCUUAAUCUCAACGCCGAAAAUAAAUGGAUGUUGGUCAGUGGAUUUAUUAUUGGAUGGGUAGGUCAGAUUUGGGUUUGCAGACAUGCAUGGUUUAAAAAUCGUCAGGAUCGCUUGGAAUUCGCGCAAAAGUUGUUUGUCUUACCUCACUACUGUAGUCCUCUUGUCGACCUUGCACUCUUGCACAGCCGACGUAAACGAAACCGAUCUGAAAAUGAUUACAAGAAGGAGCUCAAUGUGCCCAAAACGGAUACCAAAGUGUAUAUCUGCGCAACAAUGUGGCAUGAAAAUAGAAUAGAAAUGAAACAGAUUCUGAUAUCAAUAUUUAGACUUGAUCACCACCAGUUUCAAUAUGAGUUUAGUAAGAAAGAUCUUAAAGGCAAGGAGAAAGAUUACUACACAUUCGAAGCGCACAUACCAUUUGACGAUGCGAUGGAAACGAAUAAAGCAACAAACACAAGAGGUCCAAAUGAUUUUGUGAGACAAUUUAUGGAAAUCGUUAACGAAGCGGGAAGUGCCUUCUAUAAUAGAAAAAUCAUGCUGGACCCUCCACAGAAGUACGUUACUCCAUAUGGAGGUCGUUUGGAAUGGAAACUUCCGGGAGAAAAUAAACUCGUGGUUCAUCUAAAAGACAAAGAUAAAAUCCGACACAAGAAACGAUGGUCACAGAUCAUGUACAUGUACUACUUUAUUGGGUAUGAACUCCUUAUGAAGGACAGGAAUCCAACAACAAUACCAAAUCCAAAUUUUGAUGAUAGUACCUCCAUUUUUGAACUUCUAAGUGACGAGAUUAAACAAAAGGCGGAAAACACUUACAUUCUUGCCCUUGACGGGGAUGUUGACUUCCAACCAGAAGCACUUCAACUUCUAAUUGAUAGAAUGAAGAUAAAUCCAAAAGUUGGAGCCACUUGUGGUCGUAUUAAACCAGGAGGAUCUGGACCUGUUGUCUGGUACCAGCGUUUUGAGUACGCCAUAGGGCACUGGCUCCAGAAGUCCGCCGAGCAUAUGUUUGGUUGUGUUCUCUGUAGUCCUGGCUGUUUCAGUCUGUUUCGUGUUAAAGCACUCAUGGACGAUAAUGUUAUGAGAACAUAUGCUACCCUACCUACAAAAGCAAAACACUUCCUACAAUAUGAUCAAGGAGAAGACCGUUGGCUCUGCACCCUAAUGCUACAACAAGGUUACAGGAUCGAGUACUGUGCAGCUGCUGAAGCAAUCACAUUUGCUCCUGAAGACUUCAAAGAGUUUUUCAACCAAAGAAGACGAUGGAUGCCAUCUACGAUGGCUAAUAUAUGGGAUCUUCUCAAGAGUUAUGCCCGUACGACAAGAAUAAACCCAAACAUUUCAUACUUUUACGUUUUUUACCAGUUCAUUUUAUUGUUUUCAUCGGUAUUCGGUCCUUCCACUGUUUUACUGGCCUUAGAAUCGGCCAUAGGAUCGGUAUUUGGGGUAGCACCUUCGGUAGCUUAUCUUUUAAUAUAUGGACCAACAAUACUGUUUCUAAUCAUUUGUCUAAAAGCGAAAACAGACACCCAACUUAAUAUUGCAAUUGCGCUCAGUGCUGUGUACGCUCUUCUCAUGAUGGCGGUGUUUGUGGGAACUCUUGUUGCCAUCGCUAGCGAGGGAUGGUACACGCCUACGGGGAUGUUUUUCUACAUUAUAGUGGGAACAUUUAUAAUUGCUGGGCUUCUUCAUCCUCAUGAGUUGGGAGACUUAUUAUGUGGUGUCGUGUAUUUUAUAUGCAUUCCAGCAGGUUAUUUAUUUUUAAUAAUUUACGCUAUUUGCAAUUUAAACAACGUUUCAUGGGGAACAAGAGAAAAUAAAACGGCCGUAUUAGAACACUCUGGGCCAGAUCAAAGGAAAGGCAAAAAGAAAGAGACAGAAGAUGAAAUUGAUUUUGUAACCACGGAGAUGAUCAGUGGGAUGAUCAAACAGGUCAAAAACUCUAAUUUAGCUAGAGCAUCAUGCUCAGAGGCUUUCUUUUCAAUCUUUCGAUGGAUGAACAAUCUAGUUAUCCUAAAAUCAUUAGAAUCUGUUCAAAAUAUAUUUGAUAAGACAAAAGAUGAGUCAGAUGCUGCUGAAGAUGGACAAACAGUUGGCAAACAUUCGCUUUUUAAAAGUCGGCGUAUGAAAGCUCCGAUGCCAAGAAAAAAGAGUUUAGACGAUAGUUCAUGGGCAUCAGAGAAUGUUAGGCAGUUAAAUCCGUCUAAACUCGAACCCUUAGAGGAAAAGUUCUGGAAAGAUCUUAUUCAUUUUUAUUUAUACCCGUUGGAAGCUGAUCAGAAAAAAGAAGAAAAAGACAAAGAAAUGUUAGCUGAACUGCGAAAUGAAGUAGCAUUUGGGUUCUUUUUUCUCAACGCAUUGUGGUUAGCAACCAUGACGGCGAUGAACGAGGCAAAACAUAUAAUCAAUAUUAAAAUAAGUCAACCUUCAGGGCCGCCAAUAAUCAUUGAACCCCUUGGAUUUGGUUUUCUGGUGAUAUUUACUAUAUUAAUAGUUCUACAGUUUAUUGGGAUGGUGAUGCAUAGACAUGAAACACUUUUGCAUAUUUUGUCAAUAACAAAGCUAACAAAACGAAAAAAAAUUGACAUUAAGGAGCAAAUCGGCCUAAUUGCGAAGGAGGAUGUGGGUUAUGAUAGUACAGAUGAUAGUGUGAAAGACGAGGAGGAGGCCAUAUACUGCAACGAGAAAAUGAUUAGGCGUGCAGCAGAAGAACGCGCAGCACUAAAACACGCUCUACCAGACAGGUACGAAAGACGAAGGAACCAAGCGCUGAACUUACGGAAAACAGUUCGGAGAUCCUUGAAUAACCAACACACACAGGACACUUUGAACAGACGGGGAGGUGGAUUGCAAAAUCAAGACUAUUCAAACCAGGAAUGAAACCAUGCAUUUUCACACCUUUUAUAUAGUUUGAAUAUGAAGAUACAUUGUACUAUACAUAGAGACAAUCUUUAAAUAACAUUACCCUAUAAUGUCUCUGUGUUGUAUGGUUCACUUACUUAUUAAGUAGUACUGUGUUUGUAUUCUGAAAAAGUCAUCUCGAGGAAAAAAGAUCUGUUUGACAACAUUGUGACUUUGACUAAACUGUAUCGUCGUUUUAAUCAUUACAUGUAUGCAUGGUCAAUGACGCAGAAUCAUCAAUUCAUCCUACAUCUAACAAUUACAUCAAAUAAUUCAUCUAGACUUACAUAUCUGUUAAUCCCUGUACUCGCUCAGUGUAACCAUUUUUAUUAUUUGUUAGAUCUAGUUUUGUAUAAAGUUUUAUAAUCACCUGUAUUGUCUUAUGGUAAUCUUUUUAUAUGUUUAUUAUUACCUAUAAUAUUUUUUUUUCUCUGUAACCAUACAAUUUGGAUAUCAGGACUGUGUAUUAUUAAAACAACAUACGACAAAGCGGUCAUUAUUUUAUACUCUUGUAGAAUGCUCUUUGAAGAAAACAAUUGAUAUAAAACCAUUAUUUUGCCGUUUAAUUUGAUUUCUAUCAUGAUAUUUUACAGCUAUUAAAUGUUCAUGUGGAUUAGUUUUUGAUUCGUAAGCAUUCAUUAACUUGGUCGUAGGUCAUAUGUUCUUUUGUAAAACAUAGCUUUAACCAAGAUUGACGCUUGUUGAGUUAAAUUUUAAGUUCAGGUCCAAUUUUAAACAUACACUGAACAUGUAAUUUCUUGUUUUUAUUUGUGUUCUGCGGUCUACGGUGUUUGUUGUCUAAAUAUAUCAUCUGUUAAGCCGUCUAUAUUGUUUACAAAAGAGACAACUUGUUUACCUAUUUAAUGUAAUUUUACCGUGAAAAUUUAUGUUAAGAAUUUAAGAUAAACAUAUUUUUUUUUUAAUUUGUAAUAUAGCUGGGUUGUUUCUUAAUUGUAUAUUUUUAUCCUUAUCAACAAUGUACUGUACAGUAAUGGAAAAGGGUGACCAUGAAAAAUAUAAAGAAUGCUUUAUUAAAAUUUAUAAAUUAUUUUCUUAAAUGAUAACAUGACAUACAAAAAUAUACAGAUACUUAUUACAUAAAUUAGCAUUUAAAACAUGUUUAUAGUUUUAAAAGUUAACGGUUGGAUAUAUGCAUUGUUUUUACAAAACAUCCAAGCCUAUAAUUCUGAUGUUAAUGCACAUAUCUACAGCAACAAAUAUCAGGGCCACUCUUGAUUUAUUCAGCUUAAUACAUGGACAAUUAGUUAUGGUUGUUGUGAUUGUUACCAAAAAAGAUAAGUGAAAAUUUAAAGUUAGAGAUCAGAAGUUGUUAUCUAAAACAUGUACAUAUUUUUGAUAUCACAAAUAAAACAUAAAUUCCUAUCAAAGUCAGGGCUGAAAAAAUACUCCUUAAUGAUUAUAAUGUAAACCAUGAAAUGUUUC